UAGAGCAUGCGCUAACUACUACCCUACGCUUGUCCUCCUUAAAGACUUGUCUUCUGGGCACAGGGACACGGAGACGAGCCAAGAACUAAGUAGGAUGCUAGAAGAACAUGAAAAAGCGAAGCAAAUAAUAAAGGAACUUUUUUACGUUAUAGGCUGUAUUUAGACUCCAGUAGCCGCAGCUGGACUGGAGCAACAACAAAGGCAAGUCAGUGGAGGGAAAGAAAGAAGCGUUUAGUACCUGUCUUUUUUGAAGUGAAAAUACGUGUGUGUGAGAGAGAUAGAGAGAGAGCGAGAGAGAGAGAGAGGGGAGAAAAGUGUGUUUAGAGAGAGUGAGAAGUGAUGGCGGGGUGUUGUUUGUCCGCGGAGGAGAAGGAGCGCAGGAGGAUCAAUCAGGAGAUCGACAAGCAGCUCCGGCGUGAUAAGAAUGACUCCAGGAGAGAGCUCAAGCUCCUGCUGCUGGGUACUGGUGAGAGCGGGAAGAGUACCUUUAUUAAACAGAUGCGCAUCAUUCAUGGCGCCGGCUACACUGAGGAAGACAAGAAAACUUUCACGAAGCUGGUGUUCCAGAACAUCAUCACGGCCAUGCAGUCCAUGAUCAGAGCUAUGGAGACGCUGUCAAUAUCACUGGGCAGUGCUGACAACCAGCCCCAUGCUGAUUUGCUGAUCGAGGUGGAUGUUGAUAAGAUGAUGGAGUUGGAGGAAAGCUAUGUGGAAGCCAUCCGCUGCCUGUGGAAGGACCCAGGCAUCAUUGAAUGUUACGACCGCCGUCGGGAAUACCAGCUAACUGACUCUGCCAAAUAUUACCUGAGUGAUCUGGAACGCAUUGCUGAUCCAGCAUAUUUGCCCACUGAGCAAGACAUCCUGAGGGUACGAGUGCCCACCACUGGUAUCAUCGAGUACCCGUUUGACCUGGAAAACGUCAUCUUCAGGAUGGUGGAUGUGGGAGGACAGAGGUCCGAGCGCAGGAAGUGGAUCCACUGCUUUGAGAACGUGACCUCCAUUAUCUUCUUAGUGGCGUUGAGCGAAUACGACCAAGUCCUCGUUGAGUGCGACAACGAGAACCGUAUGGAGGAGAGUAAAGCUCUGUUUAAGACCAUCAUCACGUACCCAUGGUUCCAGCAGUCUUCAGUCAUCCUCUUCCUCAAUAAAACGGACAUUCUGAAGGAGAAGAUCGUCUAUUCCCACCUCGCCACUUACUUUCCAGAGUUCACAGGUCCCCAGGGUGACCCUAAAGCAGCGCAGGAGUUUAUUCUGAAGAUGUACCAGGAGCAGAACCCCGACAAAGACAAGACCGUGUACUCUCACUUCACGUGCGCCACGGACACCGAGAACAUCCGCCUGAUCUUCGCCGCAGUGAAGGACACCAUCCUGAGAAGCAAUCUGAAAGAUUUCAAUCUAGUCUAAACCAGGUUUUGAGCCUCAAGCCCGAACUAAGCCUUAACCUCUUCCUCUUUGACCUUCUUUGACAGACCUUUCUUCACAUUUUCUCCCGGUCUUUAUUCUGGAUGGCAAAAAGAACCUCCAGAAGUGUUUAGUGGAAGGACUCAGGGACUGAAUUGGGAUUGGAGAUUCGGGAUCACACUUCACUGUGGCCUUAUUCUGAGUGUGAAGAAAUGGUUUGUCUCUUUUUGGAUCUUCUUCUGAGGUUGUAACACACUAAAUAGACUAAGGUAAUUCAGACGUAGCUGCUGAGUAUUGAGUUGCUGAAUGUAGUGGUGAUUUUGGGAAAGGGCGUGAUGUUUAAGAUUUUAUUAUUUUUAAUACCUAAAAUAAGGGCACAAUUUUCCGAAUGUACGGAAAUGCUUACAAAGGAGCAAAAUAACAGAAGUGCAAAAAAAAAAAAAAAAAAAAAAAGUUUACAUUUGUAGCAAUAUGCUCAAACACAAAAACAAUUGUGAGGAGAAAAUACCUUCAAUGUGCCUUAACUUAGUUACACUUACCUUAAGUCGAAUUGUGAAAGGUCAACUUUAUUGCUAUUUAUUUUUAGUUUAAACAACAAUGUAAAUUUCUUUCAAAUAGAACUUGUUUUUUUUUUCCUUUGGAAAAAGAAACCCUAUACUGUUUUCCUCCUCUCGCGAUGAAACUUUAAAUGCUGUUGAGAAUGCUUUGGAGAUUGUCUGAGAAAGUAAAACCAUCUUUACUCCCUUUGACGACAUCUUUGACGAAAGUUGUAAAGGCUUCCUGGUGUAUAAAAUGUGUAGUUAAUGUAUUUUGUGAUAUUUCUUCCACAGAUUUAUCUUCUCUGAACUUAAACUAAAUGUUAUGCUUAGACUGAAUAAAUAAGAAAUACCUUGUACUCUCAAACUGUGCCUUAACUCUGCUGUAAACUAAUAAAGCAUUUUUUAAAAGGU